AAUGGAACCAGCUGGAGGGAAAGUUGAACCAGCUGGAGAGGAAGUUGAACCAGCUGGAGGUAAAAUGGAACCAGCUGGAGAGAAAGUUGAACCAGCUGGAGGGAAAAUGGAACCAGCUGGAGGGAAAGUUGAACCAGCUGGAGAGGAAGUUGAACCAGCUGGAGAGGAAGUUGAACCAGCUGGAGAGAAUGUUGAACCAGCUGGAGAGGAAGUUGAACCAGCUGGAGAGAAUGUUGAACCAGCUGGAGGGAAAAUGGAACCAGCUGGAGAGAAAGUUGAACCAGCUGGAGGGAAAAUGGAACCAGCUGGAGAGAAAGUUGAACCAGCUGGAGAGAAAAUGGAACCAGCUGGAGGGAAAAUGGAACCAGCUGGAGAGAAAGUUGAACCAGCUGGAGAGAAAAUGGAACCAGCUGAAGAGAACAUUGAACCAGCUGGAGGGAAAGUUGAACCAGCUGGAGGGAAAGUUGAACCAGCUGCAGGGAAAAUGGAACCAGCUGGAGGGAAAAUGGAACCAGCUGGAGGGAACGUUGAACCAGCUGGAGGGAAAAUUGAACCAGCUGAAGAGAACAUUGAACCAGCUGGAGAGAAUGUUGGACCAGCUGGAGAGGAAGUUGAACCAGCUGGAGGGAAAGUUGAACCAGCUGGAGAGAAAAUGGAACCAGCUGGAGGGAAAGUUGAACCAGCUGGAGAGAAAAUGGAACCAGCUGGAGGGAAAGUUGAACCAGCUGGAGGGAAAAUGGAACCAGCUGGAGGGAAAAUGGAACCAGCUGGAGGGAAAGUUGAACCAGCUGGAGGGAAAGUUGAACCAGCUGGAGAGAAAAUGGAACCAGCUGGAGAGAAAGUUGAACCAGAUGGAGGGAAAGUUGAACCAGCUGGAGAGAAAAUGGAACCAGCUGGAGGGAAAGUUGAACCAGCUGGAGAGAAAAUGGAACCAGCUGGAGGGAAAGUUGAACCAGCUGGAGAGAAAAUGGAACCAGCUGGAGAGAUGGUUGGACCAGCUGGAGAGGACGAACCAGCUGGAGGGAAAAUGGAACCAACUGGUAACCAAUUUGAACCUUCUGGGCACCAAGUUGAACCAGCUGCAGAUCUAGUUGAACCAGCUGGAGAGAAUGUUGAACCAGCUGGAGACCAAGUUGAACCAGCUGGAGGGAAAAUGGAGCCAGCUGGGGAGAAUGUUGAACCAGCCGGAGACCAAGUUGAACCAGCUGGAGAGAAUGUUGAACCAUCUGGAGGGAAAGUUACACCAGCUGGAGAGAAAAUGGAACCAGCUGGAGAGAUGGUUGGACCAGCUGGAGAGGACGAACCAGCUGGAGGGAAAAUGGAACCAACUGGAGGGAAAAUUGAACCAGCUGGAGGGAAAAUGGAACCAGCUGGUAACCAAUUUGAACCUUCUGGACACCAAGUUGAACCAGCUGCAGAUCUAGUUGAACCAGCUGGAGAGAAUGUCAAAACAGAUGGAGACCAGGUUGAACCAGCUGGUGAGAAAAUGGAACCAGCUGGAAAUAAAGUUGAACCAGCUGGAGAAGAAAUUGAACCAGCUGGAGAACAAGUUGAACCAGAUGGUGACCAAGUUGAACCAGCUGGAGAGAAAAUGGAACCAGCUACAGAGAAAAUGGAACCAGCUGUAGAGAAUGAAGAGAAAAUGGAACCAGCUGUAGAGAAUGAAGAGAAAAUGGAACCAGCUGUAGAGAAUGAAGAGGAAAUGGAACCAGCUGUAGAGAAUGAAGAGAAAAUGGAACCAGCUGGGGAGACUGGAGAGGAAAUGGAACCAGCUGGGGAGACUGUAGAGGAAAUGGAACCGGAGGAAGAAGGGAAAAAAGAAUGAAGAGGAAGAACCAGAAGAAAAGACGCCAUGAUGGAACCAGGAAUGGGAAGGUCACAGGCACUCCUCUCCGUGGCUGAUCUUUUCAAGUUGGAUGAGUGGGACCUUUGCGUUUUUCAGGAGAACUUGGCACUCUGCGAUCUGUGAGAGAGAGAGAGAGAGAGAGAGAGAGAGAGAGAGAGAGAGAGAGAGA